AUGAGCUACGAGAUGAAUUCAGGCUGCCAUUGGACCUGUGGAGUGCCUGAGUCAUGUGAUAAUGGGCCACAUUGAGGACCCCUGGGCCAUCUCCACAGGAGAUGCCAGAGGACAAGUGCCCACUUGCUGAUCUUCACGGAGCACCCUGAAAUGAGACGGUUUAAGCGGAAGCAUCUUACUGCCAUCGACUGCCAGCAUUUGGCUCGGAGUCACUUGGCUGUGACCCAGCCCUUCGGUCAGAGAUGGACAAACAGAGAUCCGAACCAUGGUCUCUAUCCUAAACCCAGAACAAAAAGAGGGAGUAGGGGUCAGGGACGUCAAAGAUGUAUCCCUGAGUUCUUCCUAGCAGGCAAGCGGCCGUGCACCAAUGACAUGGCCAAAAGCAAUUCUGUUGGCCAGGACAGCUGUCAGGACUCUGAGGGUGACAUGAUCUUUCCUGCAGAGAGCAGCUGUGCACUGCCUCAGGAAGGCAGUGGAGAAGCAUGGCUGGGCUCAUCAGGGUCUGCCCCGCCCUCCAGGAAGCGGUCUCGGUCCUCUGAGGAAGAGAGUAACCAGGCUACCGGAACCAGCCGGUGGGAUGGAGUUUCUAAGAAAGCUCCGCGGCACCAUUUGAUUGUGCCAUGCACAAGGCCUAGGGAGGCCAGGCAAGAAGCAGAGGACAGUACGUCUCGACUCUCUGAGGAGUCUGGAGAAACCGACCAAGAUGCUGGGGACAUGGGUCUUGAUCCCAUUCCUGACUCAUACUAUGGGCUUCUUGGGACCUUGCCCUGCCAGGAAGCACCAAGCCACAUUUGUAGCCUGCCUAGUGAGGUCCUGAGGCACGUGUUUGCCUUCCUCCCGGUGGAAGACCUCUAUUGGAACCUGAGCUUGGUGUGCCACCUGUGGAGGGAGAUCAUCAGUGACCCUCUGUUCAUUCCUUGGAAGAAGCUGUACCAUCGAUACCUGAUGAACGAAGAGCAAGCUGUCAGCAAAGUGGACGGCAUCCUGUCUAACUGUGGCAUAGAAAAGGAGUCAGACCUGUGUGUGCUGAACCUCAUACGAUACACGGCCACCACUAAGUGCUCCCCGAGUGUGGAUCCCGAGAGGGUGCUGUGGAGUCUGAGGGACCACCCCCUCCUCCCUGAGGCUGAGGCGUGUGUGCGGCAACACCUCCCUGACCUCUACACUGCUGCCGGGGGUGUCAACGUCUGGGCCCUGGUGGCGGCUAUGGUGCUCCUCUCCAGCAGUGUGAAUGACAUCCAGCAACUGCUCUUCUGCCUCCGGAGACCCAGCUCCACGGUGACCAUGCCAGAUGUCACCGAGACCCUGUACUGCAUAGCCGUGCUUCUCUACGCCAUGAGGGAGAAGGGGAUUAACAUCAGCAAUAGGAUUCACUACAACAUUUUCUAUUGCCUAUAUCUUCAGGAGAAUUCCUGCACUCAGGCCACAAAAGUUAAAGAGGAGCCAUCUGUCUGGCCAGGCAAGAAAACCAUCCAACUUACGCAUGAACAACAGCUGAUUCUGAAUCAUAAGAUGGAACCUCUCCAGGUGGUGAAAAUCAUGGCGUUUGCAGGUACUGGGAAGACCUCAACCCUGGUCAAGUACGCAGAGAAGUGGUCUCAGAGCAGGUUUCUGUAUGUGACGUUCAACAAGAGCAUCGCAAAGCAGGCCGAACGCGUCUUCCCCAGCAACGUCAUCUGCAAAACCUUCCAUUCCAUGGCCUACGGGCACAUAGGGCGGAAGUACCAGUCGAAGAAGAAGUUGAAUCUCUUCAAGUUAACACCUUUCAUGGUCAACUCCGUCCUUGCUGAAGGGAAGGGUGGAUUCAUAAGAGCCAAGCUCGUGUGUAAGACUCUGGAGAACUUCUUUGCCUCCGCUGACGAAGAGCUGACCAUUGAUCACGUGCCUAUUUGGUGUAAGAACAGCCAAGGACAGAGAGUCAUGGUUGAGCAGAGUGAAAAACUGAAUGGUGUCCUUGAAGCAAGCCGCCUCUGGGAUAACAUGCGGAAGCUGGGGGAGUGCACAGAAGAGGCAUACCAGAUGACUCAUGACGGCUACUUGAAACUCUGGCAGCUGAGUAAGCCUUUGCUGGCCUCUUUUGACGCCAUCUUUGUGGAUGAGGCUCAGGACUGCACACCAGCUAUCAUGAACAUAGUUCUGUCUCAGCCAUGUGGGAAAAUCUUUGUAGGGGACCCGCACCAGCAGAUCUAUACCUUCCGGGGUGCGGUCAACGCCCUGUUCACAGUGCCCCACACCCACGUCUUCUAUCUCACGCAGAGUUUUCGGUUUGGUGUUGAAAUAGCUUAUGUGGGAGCUACUAUCUUGGAUGUUUGCAAGAGAGUCAGGAAAAAGACUUUGGUUGGAGGAAACCAUCAGAGUGGCAUUAGAGGUGACGCAAAGGGGCAAGUGGCCUUGUUGUCCCGGACCAACGCCAACGUGUUUGAUGAGGCCGUACGGGUGACGGAAGGGGAAGUCCCUUCAAGGAUACAUUUGAUUGGGGGGAUUAAAUCAUUUGGAUUGGACAGAAUCAUUGAUAUUUGGAUCCUUCUUCAGCCAGAGGAAGAACGGAGGAAACAAAACCUCGUCAUUAAAGACAGAUUUAUCAGAAGAUGGGUGCACAAAGAAGGCUUUAGUGGCUUCAAGAGGUAUGUGACCGCUGCUGAGGACAAGGAGCUCGAAGCCAAGAUUGCAGUUGUUGAAAAGUAUAACAUCAGGAUUCCAGAGCUGGUGCAAAGGAUAGAAAAAUGCCAUAUAGAAGAUUUGGACUUUGCAGAGUACAUUCUGGGCACUGUGCACAAAGCCAAAGGUCUGGAGUUUGACACUGUGCAUGUUUUGGAUGAUUUUGUGAAAGUGCCUUGUGCCCGGCAUAACCUGCCCCAGCUUCCCCACUUCAGAGUUGAGUCAUUUUCUGAGGAUGAAUGGAAUUUACUGUAUGUUGCAGUAACUCGAGCCAAGAAGCGUCUCAUCAUGACCAAAUCAUUGGAAAACAUUUUGACUUUGGCUGGGGAGUACUUCUUGCAAGCAGAGCUGACAAGCAGCGUCUUAAAAACAGGCGUGGUGCGCUGCUGCGUGGGACAGUGCAGCAAUGCCAUCCCUGUCGACACCGUCCUCACCAUGAAGAAGCUGCCCAUCACCUAUAGCAACAGGAAGGAAAACAAGGGGGGCUACCUCUGCCACUCCUGCGCGGAGCAGCGCAUCGGGCCCCUGGCGUUCCUGACGGCCUCCCCGGAGCAGGUGCGCGCCAUGGAGCGCACCGUGGAGAACAUCGUGCUGCCCCGGCACGAGGCUCUGCUCUUCCUCGUCUUCUGAGGCCAAGGCGCACGUUCUCCGCAGUGCAGAGCAGCUUGCCGAGGACCCCGCGUGAAGAAAGCCAGCGAGGGGGCUCCCGCUCCCUGAGACUCUGGGUUCACCCACAGCACUUUCUGAGGAAGAGGACACCAGCCCAAGCUGGACCUGCCAUUUCUCCACUCCCUACAGACAGCCAGUCUCCACUUGCCUCCGCCCCAGACGUAUCUGGUCGGGGAAGUGGGGGAUGUUCUUUUGAUAAAAAAAAAAAACAAAAACAUUUUAUGUAUUUAAACUUUUAUUACAAGGUUUCAAUUAAACAGGCAUCAUAGCACUGGCACA